AUGUCCUUAUAUAGUGGAUAUUUAUUACUUUGUCUAGCGAUAAAGCUUGAGGGUAUGAAGCUACUACCUGGACUUUCAGACUUAUUUCUUAACAAAGUCUUUGAUAAUGACCUAUUCCCUAUUACUAGAGGUAUCUCUCUCAAGGGCCAGGCAAUAGGACCUCCAGAAUUUAGUAACCCCCGCCAA